GUCUUUCUAUCUCUCUCCUCUCUCUCCUCAUUCUUCCUUGAGACAAGACAAGAUGAGAGAAACAAACGGGGGAGAUCGAUGGGCAAUAUAUGGGAUCACAACCCUUCUCUUCGUUCUUGCAAUAUUAUUCCUUAGGCACUAUAAUAAGCUUGUUACUUAUUUGAAGAGGAGGAAGAGCAAUGAUAUCGGCAGCGAUAUUGCUCAUACCGGAGAUGAUAAUCGUAAGAAGUUGCCGCCAGGAGGAAGAGGGUGGCCGCUGGUUGGCCACACCAUUAGCUGGUUCAACGCCGUCGCAGGCUCUCACCCUCCUCUCUUCGUCGAACAACAGGUCAAGAGGUAUGGGAAGAUAUUCUCCUGCAGCCUCAUGGGAAAGAGGGCAGUGGUUUCGGCGGAUCCCAUGUUCAACCGGUUCGUGAUGCAGAAUGAAGGCAGGCUGUUCCAGUCAAGCUACCCGAAGUCGUUCCGCGACUUGGUGGGCAAGAACGGAGUGAUCACGAUGCAGGGGGAGCAGCAGAGGAAGCUUCACGGGAUCGCAUCCAACAUGAUGCGCCUAGAACAGCUCAAGUUCCAUUUCCUUAAGGACAUUCAGCUCGUCAUGCUCCGCAGCAUCUGUAACUUCUCGGACGAUCAAGUCAUCGUCCUCCAGGAUGUCUGCAGAAAGGUGGCUAUCAAUCUCAUGGUGAACCAGCUGUUGGGAAUGUCGAAGGAGUCAGAAAUCGAAGAGAUGGCUCAGCUUUUCUCCGACUUUGUCGAUGGCUGCCUCUCGCUCCCCAUCAACUUGCCCCAUUUCGCCUACCACACCGCCAUGAAGGCGAGGAAAAGAAUAGUCAGCAAGAUAAAUAGUACGAUCGAGAGACGAAGAACUGAGGGGGGCUCAGAGGACGUCGGUAAUGGUGUGCUUGGAAGGCUGUUGGAUGAAGAAAGCCUCCCCGAUGAAGCCGUCGCGGACUUCAUCAUCAAUCUCAUCUUUGCUGGGAAUGAAACCACUGCUAAGACAAUGCUCUUAGCGAUCUACUUCCUCGCCCAAUCUCCAGAAGCACUGAAGAAACUUCAGGAAGAACAUGAUGCGCUGAAGAAAGCGACCGCGGAAGAUAUCCUGUCAUGGCAGGACUAUAAAGCAAUGCCCUUCACUCAAUGCGUGAUAGAUGAGACGCUGCGGCUCGGUGGAAUUGCCAUCUGGUUGAUGAGAGAAGCCAAAGUAGACGUCUCGUACGGAGAUUUCUCUAUCCCCAGAGGAUGCUUUGUGGUUCCAUUUCUAUCAGCAGUUCACUUGGAUGAGAAUAUUUAUAAAGGAGCACUCAGCUUCGAUCCUUGGAGAUGGACCGAUCCCGAGAAUCAGGAGAAGAGAAAUUGGAGGAGCAGCCCCUUCUUCUCUCCCUUUGGUGGCGGUGCCCGGUUUUGCCCUGGGGCCGAACUAGCCCGUCUUCAGAUCGCUCUCUUUCUCCAUUACUUCGUGACCACUUACAGGUGGAGACAGUUGAAAGAAGAUAGAAUGUCGUUCUUUCCCUCCGCGAGGCUAGUGAACGGGCUGCAACUGCGCCUUACUAGAAGAACAGAAGCUCCAUGAUUUGCCCGAGAAAACGUCACUAUCGUGACAUACCACAAAGAACAUUAUCAAAGACAAUACAGAACAUGCCUCUCUAUGAAGGGGGAAGAAAUAUCUACGCGCAAAUCGAAUACCAACGCCGAUAAAUCGGAAAGGAUGUCAAAGGUAUUUCUUUUAGCAGCUUAGUUGUUA